CUUUAAAUAUGAAUGGCCUCAGGUUUAAGCAACAUAAUUAUUGGAGAAAAGAUUGCUACUUUUAUUAAGAGAGUUUAAAUGAAAACUUAGUGAGGAUACAUUUCAGGUCCUUUGAUUCCGCCUAAUGUAAAAACCAUAUUUAAUAAAGUUGUAAUAAUUGAUGGUGGUUCCGCAUUAUUACUAUAAUUAGUAAGCCAUUUAAUGAUUAUUAAAAAAGACAUAUAUCCAAAGGUUGAGAGCAUAAAUGCUAAUUCCGGUAAAAAGCUAAAGAAAAAAUCAAUAAACUUUUUUUAAUAUAAACAAUUCCAACCUUUUAAUAGGAUUCCAAAGACCAUCUAAGUUACUCCAACAAUGAUUGCUGUUUUCAUUUUAAAAGAAUUCAUAACUGAAAGAUGAGAUUCUGACAUACUCCAUUUUCCAUCAAAGCCUAAUUAAAACUUUUACAAUUUGUAUUCCAAAGAUAUUGAAAAAAAAUCAUUAUAAAUAAAACCACAAUAAGUAGCAAAUAGUCCCAU